AUGUCUUUGUUUGCUAUCCAAGCUGCUGCUGAUGCUUUUGUCACCCAAAUGAUUCAAGCUGCUGUUAACUCUGAUCCAAAUCUCAAAGUCCAAUGGUGGUUCCCAUUAGUUGAAAGAUUAGAUGCUAAAGAUUUACAAAACCUUCAAUCAUGGUUUAUGAGCGUCGAUAAAGAUAAAUCUGGAACUCUUGAAAUUGGUGAAUUAAAGAAAGCUAAAUUCCCAGGAGGAAUUAAAGUUGAUGAUAAGACAAUUAAGAGAUUAAUGAGAAUCUUUGAUAUUGAUUUGUCUGGAUCAAUUGGAUUCUUUGAAUUCCUUGCUUUAUGGAAUUUCAUGAACCUUUGCAAUGAAACAUUUAAACACUUUGAUGCUGACAAAAGUGGAAAUCUUGAUGCCAAUGAAUUAGUCCAAGCUCUUCCAAUGCUUGGAUUCAAUUGUAACAAGAGAUCAAUUGAUGUUUUAUUGAAAAUGAACGGUUCAUCAUUAGGAUCUAAGAAGGUUUCAAAGAGCCAAUUCAUUAGUGCUGCUGCUUAUCUUGGACAAUGCAGAAGUAUUUAUCAAAAGACCUUUAAUAUGAAGAGAGAAGAAAUUGACAAUGCUGAAUUCGAUAAGUUCGUUAAUUUAGUUCUUGCACUUUCAGGCUAA